AGAGGAAAAGAAGUGUGAUGGGCAAGAGUUCACAGAGGAAGCAACGUGACUGUGUAAACCAAUGCAAAUCAAAGCCUGGCUUGAGCACCUCAAUCCCUCUGAGAAUGUCCAGCUACACAUUCAACAGGCCAGUUACGAGGAUUACACCCCAUCCUGGCAAUGAGGUCAGAUACCAUCAAUGGGAGGAGAGCUUGGAGAAGCCUCAGCAGGUCUGCUGGCAGAAGAGACUGCAAGGACUGCAGGCUUACAGCAGUGCAGGGGAACUUUUAAGUACUUUGGAUCUUGCCAAUACUUUGCAAAAACUUGUCCCUAGUUACACAGGUGGAUCUCUGCUGGGGGAUCUUGCUGGUGGUCUGGAGCACUCCUGCCCCAUGCCCCACCUUGCCUGCUCUUCAGAUGUGGUGGAGAUAGUUCCCAGAAAGGGAGUGGGUAUCUCGCAGCUCCUCUGCGAACAAUUUCUGGUCACCGAGGAAGAUAUCAGGAAACAGGAAUGGAAAGUGAAGACAGUCAGAGAGAGACUCGCAAUAGCACUGAUUGCGGACAGACUCGCUAAUGAGGCAGAGAAAGUGAGGGACCAAGAAGGCUGUCCUGAAAAACGCUAUGAAAAAAAGGGAAGAUAGUGCAGAUGAAAUAAAGCGUAAUCCUUUAUUAA